GCGCUGUGCGCGCCCGUGGAUCAGUGGGAAGAGUUGGUCACAUGUCACCAACGUGACCAGGCAAAAGAGGAAGUACAACACCGUUCUGUGCGGUCAAAACUGAGAGGAGGAAACAAAAAACAAACAUGCAACAUAGACAAUCUUUGAUAAGAACAAACGAUAUAAUCAGUUGUCACUGUGUUUAAUUAAGAGAUUUUCACGGAAUCGUAUAUCUUUUUGCACACUUGCAAGGCGAGAAGCAAUUUCAAAGUAGUCCAACUUUUACCCCGUUUCUAAACCAGACACAGUAGUACAGUAGGCGCAUGUUUCACCAAAAUUACCCGGGUAAAGCAUUUGUCAGCAGAUUGAUUCUAAUACAUGUCCAGUUUAAUAAACGACUUGUAACAAUGUCGAUACCGAAUCCCUCAGAAGAAAACUCGAAGCGACUGAGAGGCAGAGGCAGGUUACAGAUCAAUGCAGACUUCAAUGACGUGGUGACAAGCAGCAUGGGGGGUGACAACGACCUCGCUGGAAGAAAGUUCACAGAGGAAGAGAUGGCCAUCCAUAGAGCCCACAGAGAGGCAUGUGAGGCAAAGAAGCAGAUGUAUGUCGACCCUUUCAGUGGGUACAAGGUGUUCACAGAGUAUGCCCACCUUCAGAGACGGAAAUGCUGUGGCUGCGCAUGCAGACAUUGUCCAUAUGGCCAAGUCAACGUGAAGGACCCUGCAAUGAAGAAACAAUUUAAUUCUCUAUUUUAUGUAUAGGCCUAACAUGACAAAGGAAAAAUGCCUGUUUAGAAUUGAACCCACCAUACGUUGCUUGUCUUCUGCCUGUCGUUAUUUGGACUACUUGAGUCAUUUUUUAGCAGUGUACUAAAUGAUGAAAUUUGGGUAGUGUCUGUGCAAGACCUACCUCCUAUGAAUCACAACUAUUCUCCGGAUUAUUUUCAUUUUCCCAAUACAGGGAAGUAGGAGAAAGGAUUUGUUCCUCAUGUAAAAUAGUCUUUUAUCACAUUUUGGUUUUUGCUAUAUUUUUCUGAUAUUUUUCUCAAAUGUCCAAUGAAAUGCCUUGAGCUUCA